GACGUCUCUUCCCCCGUGUCCCCAGUGCACCAACGGGCACCUGAUGUGCGCCGGCUGCUUCAUCCACCUGCUGGCGGACGCGCGGCUGAAGGAGGAGCAGGCGACGUGCCCCAACUGCCGCUGCGAGAUCAGCAAGAGCCUGUGCUGCCGCAACCUGGCCGUGGAGAAGGCGGUCAGCGAGCUGCCCUCCGAGUGCGGCUUCUGCGCCCAGCAGUUCCCCCGCUCCCUGCUCGAGAGGCACCAGAAGGAGGAGUGCCAGGACCGGGUGACCCAGUGCAAGUACAAGCGGAUCGGGUGCCCCUGGCAGGGCCCGUACCACGAGCUGUCGGUGCACGAGGCCGAGUGCACCCACCCCACCAAAACGGGCAACGAGCUCAUGGAGAUCCUGGACGAGAUGGACCAAACGAGGAAGAAGGAGAUGCAGCUCUACAACAGCAUCUUCAGCCUGCUCAGCUUCGAGAAGAUCGGAUACACAGAGGUGCAGUUCCGCCCGUACCGCACCGACGACUUCAUCACGCGGCUCUACUACGAGACGCCGCGGCUCACCGUCCUCAACCAGACCUGGGUGCUCAAGGCGCGGGUCAACGACUCGGAGAGGAACCCCAACCUGUCGUGCAAGCGCACGCUCUCCUUCCAGCUCAUCCUCAAGAGCAAGAUCAACUCCCCCAUGGAAUGCUCCUUCCUGCUCCUCGAGGGGCCCUACGACGACGUCAAGAUCAACCCCGUCAUCUACCACUUCGUCUUCAGCAACGAGAACAACGAGACCGACUACAUGGCCCUGCCCAUCGUCGACUCGGUGGAGUGCAACAAACUGCUGGCGGCCAAAAACAUCAACCUCCGGCUUUUUAUAUUCCAGAUCCAAAAAUGAGACUUGGAGAAAUUACAAAAAAAAAGGAAAAAAAAAGAAAAAAAAAAAGGACCCCCUCGGAUCCUCCCUCCUUUUUUUUCCCCCCUCCACCCCCCCCUCUUUCCCUUUCCCCCCUCCCGGUGGCGUUCGGUUGGGAAGCGGCGAGGAAGCGUUGGGAAGAGCCGGCGGGAUGUCUCGGAAGAGCGGGGGGGAAGCCGGUGGGAGUGGCUUGAAAGCGUCAAUAAAUGGCUUGGAAGCGACAAAAAAAUGGUGGGAAACCGUCAAAAAGUAGGUUGAGACCAUGAAAAAAUGGCCUAAAAGUGACAAAAAAUGGUGGGAAACCAUCAAAAAAUAGGUUGAGACCACAAAAAAAUGGCCUAAAAGCGACAAAAAGUGUUGGGAAACCCAAUGGGGUGUCUUGGAACCAUCAAAAAGUGGGGGGAACUCAAUGGGAAUGGCUUGAAAUCGUCAAUAAAUGGUUUGGAAGUGACAAAAAAA